AUGCUAACUUUUACGGCCUACAGUCUGCUCGCCCUGAUUUUCGUCCUGGCCACGUCGCAAGGCACGCCCGCCAUCGCCGCCAAUGAGAACUCGAUAAGCGCCGACUAUCGCAACCGAAUGGAGGAGCAGAUACUUGCCAAGUUGAAUUUAAAGUGCAGCCAAAGGGACAAUCAUUCUUGUAUGAUGCUAAAGCUGAUUGUGUUCAUGAAUCGACUGUUCAAAAAGUCCAGCAUCGAGCUUAAUGAGAACGUCAAGGUCUUACAAAAUAGAGAUGUGUCGGAGAUACCAGAUGAUCCCGAGGAUGACUUGUUGCUGGCACGUGCCAUAGAUUCCGAUGAGGAAACCUACGGAUUGCUGCUGGCCAACAAGCUGUGGAAGUUUGUGCGCUCACGUACGCUACGCUAUAAAUUCUCUGACAACGCGGACUUUGUGCUCGGCAGCGAGCCCCAGGGUAAUCUAAACAUCGGUGUUUCCGUGCGACCCAUCGAGGCAUUGCAGGAGGGACGUGGCAAGAUGAAGAACAUGGGUCCCAUGCUAAUGAUGAUGGCGGCCAAGACGGGUGUGGUGGGAGCCAUACUGCUCAAGGGUCUCUUCCUUCUAGCCGGCAAGGCUCUGAUAGUGUCAAAGAUUGCACUUCUGCUGGCGGUUAUCAUAUCGCUGAAGAAGCUGCUCUCGCACAAGAAAACGAUUGUGGAGGUGCCAGCACACCACGACAGCUACAGUUCGGGCUGGGCACGCGCCCUCGAUGGCUUUGUAGAGGGUCUGGCCGAGGUGCCGGCCCAACUGUUGGCUCAAGAUGCGCAGGAAAUGGCCUAUGGAGGUCAGCAGCCUAAGGCUGCGGCGGGGUCGGGGGCAAUGCCAGGCAAUAAAUGA